CCAUGCUGGGUAAUCUCCGUGCCGUGUUGCAGUUGCUGAGACAGAGCCCCCAGCGUCGCCGCCACCGCCGCCACCGGACCCUGCGCCGCCUGUCUCGCCGCAUCCGCCGCUCCCGACUCUGGGCGCUGCUGAGACCGGCGCGGGGGGAGGCCACCGGAGCCGGCCCAGAGACCGAGGCUGAGCUGCCCCCCUCCUCCACCGAGGCCCCCACCCCCAGCAAACCCGGUCUCCACCCGGAGGAGCCGCCCGGAGCCGCCGCCGCCGCCGACACGGAGCAGCUGGGAUACACGGAGCAGCCGGGAUACACGGAGCAGCCGGGAUACACGGAGCAGCCGGGAUACACGGAGCAGCCGGGAUACACGGAGCAGCCCGGAUACAUGGAGCAGCCCGGAGACACCGACAACCUCCCGCUGCUGCCGAUCACUGCCCGCCCCAAGUCUCACGGCACAGACCACCUGAAGCUGGACUCUACCCCCUCUCUC